GCAGAAAAAGAAGAAGUGUUUCCGGGUCUCUGUGUCAGGCUGCGCGCCGCUUCUCCGUGUUUUUGUCUUCUUUUUUCUGAAGCCGUCUUUGUUUUGAGGGAUUUUCGGAAGCCAUCAUGUACGACCAGGACGAAGAUAACCAGUAUGAUGAAGACGAUGAUGAAAUCACCCCAGAUCUGUGGCAGGAAGCAUGCUGGAUCGUCAUCAGCUCGUACUUCGAUGAGAAGGGUUUGGUGCGGCAGCAGCUGGACUCCUUCGAUGAGUUCAUCCAGAUGUCCGUGCAGAGGAUUGUGGAGGACGCGCCUCCCAUCGACCUGCAGGCUGAAGCACAGCACACGUCAGGGGAGGUGGAGGAGCCGCCUCGGUUCCUGCUGAAGUUUGAGCAGAUCUACCUGUCCAAGCCCACCCACUGGGAGAGAGACGGAGCGCCCUCCCCCAUGAUGCCCAACGAGGCGCGGCUGCGAAACCUCACGUACUCGGCCCCCCUUUAUGUGGACAUCACGAAGACCAUCAUUAAGGAGGGGGAGGACCAGCUACAGACGCAGCACCAGAAGACCUUCAUCGGGAAAAUACCCAUCAUGCUCCGCUCCACCUAUUGUCUGCUGAGCGGCCUGACCGACCGAGAUCUGUGUGAGCUUAACGAGUGUCCGCUGGAUCCCGGAGGCUACUUCAUCAUCAACGGCUCAGAGAAGGUGCUGAUCGCGCAGGAGAAGAUGGCCACCAACACCGUCUACGUCUUUGCCAAAAAGGACUCAAAGUACGCCUACACGGCAGAGUGUCGGUCCUGUCUGGAGAACUCCUCUCGGCCCACCAGCACCAUCUGGGUCAGCAUGAUGGCCAGGGGUGGACAGGGAGUCAAGAAGAGCGCCAUCGGCCAGAGGAUCGUCUCCACGCUGCCGUAUAUCAGACAGGAAGUUCCCAUCAUCAUCGUGUUUCGAGCUCUGGGCUUCGUGUCUGACAGAGACAUCCUGGAACACAUCAUCUACGACUUUGAUGACCCCGAGAUGAUGGAGAUGGUGAAGCCUUCUCUGGAUGAAGCCUUUGUGAUCCAGGAGCAGAAUGUGGCGCUGAACUUCAUCGGUUCCAGAGGAGCCAAGCCAGGAGUCACCAAAGAGCGGAGAAUCAAAUACGCAAAAGAGGUUUUACAGAAAGAGAUGCUGCCGCACGUUGGAGUCAGCGACUUCUGUGAGACCAAGAAGGCCUACUUCUUAGGGUACAUGGUCCACAGGCUGCUGCUGGCUGCCCUGGGCAGACGAGAGCUGGAUGACAGAGAUCACUACGGAAACAAGAGACUGGACCUGGCUGGGCCGCUGCUGGCCUUCCUGUUCAGAGGCAUGUUCAAAAACCUGCUGAAGGAGAUCAGGAUUUACGCUCAGAAGUUCAUCGACAGAGGAAAGGACUUUAAUCUCGAGCUCGCCAUUAAGACUCGCAUCAUCUCGGAUGGACUCAAAUACUCUCUGGCCACCGGAAACUGGGGGGACGUGAAGAAAGCCCACCAGGCUCGGGCCGGUGUGUCGCAGGUGCUGAACCGCCUCACCUUCGCCUCCACGCUGUCCCACCUCCGCAGAGUCAACUCUCCCAUCGGCAGAGACGGAAAGCUGGCCAAGCCCAGGCAGCUGCACAACACCCUGUGGGGGAUGGUGUGUCCGGCUGAGACUCCAGAGGGUCAUGCUGUGGGUCUGGUGAAGAACUUGGCCCUCAUGGCCUACAUCUCUGUGGGCUCCCAACCGUCCCCCAUCCUGGAGUUCUUGGAGGAGUGGAGCAUGGAGAACCUGGAGGAGAUCUCACCUGCCGCCAUUGCUGAUGCAACAAAGAUCUUUGUGAACGGCUGCUGGGUCGGAAUCCACAAAGAUCCUGAGCAGCUGAUGAACACUCUGAGAAAGCUGCGCAGACAGAUGGACAUCAUCGUCUCCGAGGUAUCAAUGAUUCGAGACAUUCGAGAGCGUGAGAUCAGGAUUUACACGGACGCUGGUCGGAUCUGCAGGCCGCUCCUUAUCGUGGAGAAGCAGAAACUUCUGCUGAAGAGACGCCACAUUGACCAACUGAAGGAGAGAGAGUACAACAACUACAGCUGGCAGGACUUGGUGGCGAGUGGCGUGGUGGAGUACAUCGACACGCUGGAGGAGGAGACGGUCAUGCUGGCGAUGACUCCCGAUGACCUCCAGGAGAAGGGCGUGGCCUACUGCUCCACCUACACCCACUGUGAGAUCCACCCCUCUAUGAUCCUGGGAGUCUGCGCGUCCAUCAUCCCGUUCCCCGACCACAACCAGUCUCCCAGGAACACGUACCAAUCUGCCAUGGGUAAACAGGCCAUGGGUGUGUACAUCACCAACUUUCACGUGCGCAUGGACACACUGGCGCACGUGUUGUACUACCCUCAGAAACCGCUGGUCACUACUCGAUCCAUGGAGUACCUGCGCUUCAGAGAGCUGCCUGCAGGAAUCAACUCAAUUGUUGCUAUAGCCUCGUACACGGGAUACAACCAGGAGGACUCUGUCAUCAUGAACAGAUCUGCUGUGGACCGGGGCUUCUUCAGGUCUGUUUUCUAUCGUUCUUACAAAGAGCAGGAGUCUAAGAAAGGCUUCGACCAGGAGGAGAUCUUUGAGAAACCCACCCGCGAAACCUGCCAGGGUAUGAGGCAUGCCAUCUAUGACAAACUGGACGAUGACGGACUCAUCGCGCCCGGCGUUCGUGUGUCCGGCGAAGACGUGAUCAUCGGAAAGACGGUAACUCUGCCAGAAAACGACGAUGAGCUCGACAGCACCAACAAGCGCUACACCAAGAGGGACUGCAGCACCUUCCUGAGAACAAGUGAGACUGGCAUUGUGGACCAGGUCAUGGUGACCCUGAACCAGGAGGGGUACAAGUUCUGUAAGAUCAGGGUGCGUUCUGUGCGGAUCCCUCAGAUCGGGGAUAAGUUUGCCAGUCGACAUGGGCAGAAAGGAACCUGUGGCAUUCAGUACAGACAGGAGGACAUGCCAUUCACCUGUGAGGGGAUCACGCCUGACAUCAUCAUCAACCCCCACGCCAUUCCGUCCAGAAUGACAGUUGGUCAUCUGAUCGAGUGUCUGCAGGGCAAGGUUUCUGCCAACAAAGGGGAGAUUGGAGACGCCACUCCGUUCAACGACGCCGUCAACGUUCAGAAGGUUUCAAACCUGCUCUCUGAGUACGGAUACCACCUGAGAGGAAACGAGGUUCUGUACAACGGCUUCACUGGAAGGAAGCUGACCUCUCAGAUCUUCAUCGGGCCCACCUAUUACCAGAGACUGAAGCACAUGGUGGACGAUAAGAUCCACUCCAGGGCCCGGGGCCCGGUCCAGAUUCUCAACAGGCAGCCCAUGGAGGGCCGCUCUCGGGACGGCGGCCUGCGCUUCGGCGAGAUGGAGCGUGAUUGUCAAAUUGCUCACGGAGCUGCUCAGUUCCUGAAAGAGCGUCUGUUUGAAGCCUCAGACCCGUAUCAGGUCCACGUGUGCAACCUGUGUGGGUUGAUGGCCAUCGCCAACACCCGGACGCACACGUACGAGUGCCGCGGCUGCCGCAACAAGACUCAGAUCUCUCUGAUCCGGAUGCCGUACGCCUGCAAGUUGCUCUUCCAGGAACUAAUGUCAAUGAGCAUCGCUCCUCGCAUGAUGACAUCAUAGAGCAUAACAGCCAAUCAGCAGACAGAGCUGUUGACAUCUACGAAUGGGAUUGGAAGUAGAAAACCUUUUUUUAGUUUUAAUUUUUUGUUGGUGAAAAUAAAUCUGUUUCUUUUUUUUGGACUCAAA